AUGGUGCAGUCAGCUAUAACGUCGUCACCGAUGCGAGGUACACCCUCGAUAAGUAGCGGUAGAGGAAAGGAUGGGGAAGGAGUCGAGUUCGGAGGUGAUGCGGUGGUGGAGCAGUUGGGGUCGUUGGACUCGUGUAAAAAGAGUUUAAUUAAUGACGCGUUGAAUGACUUUGAUGAUUCGACAGUAUUUGAUAACGAUCGACAGAGGAGUGUAUCAUCGGGAACGGAUGAAGGGUUCUGCGUUGUGGACGAAAUUCCGGGGAGUGGGAUUACGAAUGUCGGUGGUGAGCCACGGAUACGAUUGCUGAGUGAUGAUGUGAAGUUGAUAGAUAACUGGUUCGAGAUUCCGAAUGAGCACUACAACGACGACAUUUUGAGAUUGCCGAGCGAUUUUGCUACACCUUUAAUUAGAUAUAUCGUGAGGGAUGUGUCGUUGCUGGUGCAUUUGUAUGGAGGGAAUGAUUUUGGUGGGUUUUAUGGUGACAAGAAGAGGGCACCUAAAACCUAUAGUUGUGAGGAGUUUCGAUACGGAUAUGGACCAGGACAGCGACUGGAAGCAGACGCGACGGGCGGAGUGAAUAGGGAUCAUUCGGUGCAUGUGGAGAUUCAGUUAUCAAAGAUGUCAUUUGUUUAUCAAAUGUUCGGUGCGGAUGCAUCGAUAUUAUCGAUGAAUCUGUUGACAGUACAUGAGAUCGAGAUGCGUGAUAAGUUGGCAUUAUCACAGAUCAACAAGAUGUUAUAUCAG